AUGGAACUGAUCCGGGCAUUUACAAUGUCUUUAUUCUAUUUCAAGAUCACAGCCCUCACCGGCUUGAUCUGUGGCAUCUUCAUCACUGGAUUCAUCAUUCAGUUCUGUGAUUUCUUCAUCAUCACACUCAUCAUCCAACUCUGUGGUAAUCCCCUUCUCAGGCAUACUUCUCAAUUCUCAAAUUCGUUUUCGUGGCGGGGAUCCCGAGGAGGCGGAGGUGGAUUUAAUUCUCGAGGUGGAUAAAGAGGAGGACCACGUGGAGGUGGAGGCGGCGGACGUGGUGCCUUUGAUCAAGGUCCUCCUGAGCGCGUUAUACCACUGGGCAAUUUUAGCUAUGUGUGUCAAAACGACUUAGUUUGCAAGGUGGAGAUUGAAGACGUUCCAUAUUUUAAUGCACCCAUAUUUCUUGAAAACAAGGAACAGAUUGGAAAAAUUGAUGAAAUCUUUGGGACUGUUAGAGAUUACUCUGUAUCUAUCAAACUGUCGGAUAAUGUAUACGCAAACAGCUUCUCUCCAAGUCAAACUUUGUAUAUUGACCCAGGAAAACUUUUGCCAAUUGCAAGAUUUCUACCAAAACCACCACAGCCCAAAGGAGCGAAGAAAAGAGCUGGUGGGAGUGGCGUAGGUGGAUUUCGAGGUCGCGGAACUGGAAUGGGUAGUCGAGGUGCUCGUGGCGUUGGUGGUGGAUUUAGAGGUUCAAGUCGUGGUGGAAACGGUGGUGGAUUCAGUAGGGGUCGCGGAGGUGGUGGAGGACGUAGUUGGGGAGGACGCGGACGUUGGUAAUUUUAUACCUUAUUUAAGUCUAAGAAAAUAAAGAUUAAUUUUCAUGAAA